AUGGAUCAAUUAACAAACUUUCUUGUGUACAAUAAAACUCCAACUUCACGAAAUAGUAUGAAAUGUGAAGCAUUAAGAACGAACAGGAAACGAGAAAAGAGUUUGCAAGGGGAUAAACAAGAUCUUCUGCUGUCACCACUUUUGGACAGGAUGGCUGAUGAACGUGUGCUAUAUGCUCGAAACCGGAUCCUGGUGGGAGCAAGGCCUGCUGUAGUGGGUGGUACUCCCAUCACUGAAGAAAUGGCUAUGGAAUUGCGGAUGACAGCAUUUGGCACUGCAGCAUGUCCACCACGUGGGGAGUGGAUUCACACUCCGCUGGUAAUGCGUCCGGCGGAGAAUUCUUUAGGUUAUGGCCUGUCAGCGCAGCGAAAUGGAACCAGAUCUUUGCUCUCUGGUCUUCAAGCUCACAUCAUCAAAUGGUUGCUAUUCGAUUCCCGUCCCGUAACUAAAGACCACAAAUCAACUGAGCAUCCAGACAGCUAUUUACGUCCCUCUGAAGAGAAGCAGGAAGAGGCCCUCUGGCGGGCUUGCAGUGAAGUUAUAUGGCGUUGUGCAGCUGGCGCCGUUGCUUCAGACCCUCAGGCCGUGGUUGCCUUGCCAACAGAUAACACUUAUGUCCAGCACAGCUCGAGUUAUUACCAAGAUGGCAUCACUGAGAAGUUUCAGUCGGAAGAUGGCUCAGGUGCUUUGCUCCUUUUGUACUCAGCUAUUCUCUCGAGAGGAUGCGAAAAUAUAAAGAAGGAUUUGGAUGGAAAAUUGAACUACCUUGUAUCCACUCAAGUGGAGGGGUCUCUUAAUGUUACCACUCUGUUGCUGACCGGACGUGCGACCCCAUAUCUUCAUAAUGGAGUGCAGUAUGUAGGGGAUGAAGACCAUUAUGCAAUGCCACAAUUUGGGGUGUUAUCCCGCAGCCCAGUUGGACUUCUUGUAUGGUAUGGCGGAGAAGAAAACACAACCGGCCAUGUAUCGAAGCAAUAUCCUGGAUCCAGACUGAAGACACCAGCUUUGCCUAUUUGGGUAACAAGCUGUUCUGGACAUUUUGGGGUACUUUUUAAUACAAACCGGGAGUUGUUGCGAAAUUAUCACGCCGAACGAAGAUUUGACAUUCAUUACUACACGUGUGGGGGAUGUCACGUGCUACUCAAUGUUGACACACGCGCUCAUGAAGAGGCCGGUACUUUAAGAAAUGACGACAUCAGCGCCACUCCUCUUGAAAAACUAAUUCACACCAAAUGGCAAGAUGCGAAAAUCACUUGGUCGGGAACCACACCAUACACAGCUGAUUCUCCGAUUUAGGAAAUAUUAUUUAGGUAUUUGUUAAGUCAAAAACGUAUUUAUUC